AAAUUCUUGCAUCUAAUCUCACUAAGAUAUUGACAGUCUCAAUCUCUAUAUGUUUCAGUUUUUUAAAUCCUGAUCUAGAUCAACUAUAUACUUUCUUGGAGAAUCUUGCUUUGAUCUCUCUCUCUCUCUCUCUCUCUCUCUAUAUAUAUAUAUAUAUAUAUAUGAAGAACACCAUGUUUCUGAAAGCUUUCUCACCCCUUCUUCUUCUUCUUCUCAUGAGCUUGAUUGUUGAUUCUUAUGUUCAGCUUGUUUCCGCUAUAAAUCAUCAAGAAGUUGAAAUGGAAGCAUUACUCAAAUGGAAAAGAAGCCUUAGUGACCAAACUCAGUAUGUUCUUUCUUCAUGGACUUUUGUUUCCAGGAAUACCAGCGGCACUGCCAUUAGUCCAUGCUCUUCAUGGCUUGGUAUCAGCUGCAAUGUGGCUGGAAGUAUCGCCAGGAUAAACUUAACAAGUGUCGAAUUACAAGGUACGCUUGAUGCCUUCAACUUCUCAUCAUUGCCUAAUCUAUCUUCUCUUGACCUCCAUGACAAUGAACUCACUGGAAAAAUCCCUCCUCAAAUCAGUAACCUAUCCAAGCUUACCAUUCUUAAUCUGGGUUACAAUGAAUUCCACGGAUAUAUUCCUGAAGAAGUAGGAACCAUGACAGAACUCAAUGUUCUGAGCUUGUCUAGCAACUUUCUUUCAGGGUCUAUUCCUGCCACUAUUGGAGAUUUGACCAACCUUUCCGUUCUAAACCUUGGCAACAAUGGUUUAUCUGGCUCAAUUCCAUCACAACUUGGAAAGUUGAAAUCUCUUUCUGAGCUUCGCCUCAACUUAAACAACCUUACCGGUUCAAUCCCUCCUUCCAUAGGUUAUCUGAUAGACCUUAAGGUUUUAUCACUCUAUGGAAAUCAAUUGUCCGGUCCACUUCCUCAAGAGAUCAAUAAACUUGUUAACUUGACAUUGUUCUUCUUGUCAAACAAUAGCAUUUCUGGUUUCUUGCCAGAAAACAUUUGCUACGGUGGCAUACUGGAGGAUUUUUGUGCAAGUAACAAUAGAUUCACAGGUGCUGUUCCUGAAGGCCUGAAAAACUGCACAAGCUUGACUAGACUUCGACUCGAUAGGAAUAAUCUCGCUGGUAAUAUAUCUAAGGAUUUUGGGAUAUAUCCAAAACUUGAUUAUGUAGACUUGAGCUAUAAUAAUUUUUGCGGGGAGGUUUCGCCAAAUUGGGGAAAGUGCAAAGUUCUGACUAGUCUAAAAAUCUCCAACAAUAAUAUCACAGGUGUGAUACCAACAGAGCUUGCAGACUCGACACUUCUACAUUUUAUGGACCUUUCUUCAAAUAACCUUGAAGGGCAGAUACCCAAAGAGUUGGGGAAAUUGGAGUCACUGUUCAAUCUGACACUGAGCAACAACAAUCUUUCUGGCGAAAUUCCUCCAGAGCUCGGAACGUUGCCUGAUCUUGCUUAUCUUGAUCUGGCAGCAAACAGUCUAAGUGGAAUCAUACCCAAACAACUUGGUGAUUGCUCAAAACUGUUGUUCUUGAACUUGAGCAACAACAAUUUUCGUGAAGGCAUUCCGGUUGAGCUUGGGAAGUUGGUGUCACUGCAAGUUCUACUAGAUCUUAGUAGAAAUUCACUUUCUGGUGAAAUUCCAUUGCAACUUGGAAACCUAAUCAAAUUGGAAGUAUUGGAUGUCUCUCACAAUGACCUGACAGGUUCAAUUCCAUCCACUUUCAAGCAACUGCAAAGUCUGAGACUUAUUGAUCUCUCCUACAAUGAGUUAGAGGGUCCAAUUCCUGACAGUAAACCAUUUCAAGAAGCACCAUCGGAAGCAUUUACGCACAACAAGGGCUUGUGUGGCAACUACACCGGCUUGGAAAUUUGUCUUCCUUCUCCUUCCAACAAUGGGAAAGACCAUCCCCAUACACUAAUUCUGAUUCUUCUACCUCUUUCUGCAGCAGUACUCCUACUCCUCACAAUCAUUCUAAUUGGCGUGGCAUGCAUCCUGAAGAAAGGGAGGAACAAAGUAAGCAAUAAUUUCAUGGUUUCACAGCAUUCAGAUUUGUUUGCAAUAUGGAGUUACGAUGGGAAGUUAGUCUAUGAAGACAUUAAAGUAGCAACAGAAGGUUUCAAUGCCAAGUAUUGCAUUGGUGUUGGAGGAUAUGGAAGUGUUUAUAAAGCCAAGCUAUCAACAGGUCAGGUUGUAGCAGUGAAGAAGCUUCACCCUUUUCAUUGUACCAAGCUUGAAGAUCGAAAGACUUUCGAGAGUGAAAUUCAGGCAUUGGCUAAAAUUCGUCACAGAAAUAUUGUCAAGCUGCAUGGUUUCUGCUUGCAAGUUCAACAACCAUUUCUAGUCUAUGAGUACUUGGAGAAGGGAAGUUUAGCUAAGAUCUUGAGCAAUGCAGUGCUAGCAAAACAGUUGGAUUGGUGUAAGAGAAUCAAUGUUGUUAGAGGGGCUGUCAAUGCUCUCUUUUACAUGCAUCAUGACUGCAAUCCACCUGUAAUUCAUCGUGACUUAUCAAGCAACAAUAUCCUGCUAGAUGAAAACUAUGAAGCUACUGUUUCUGAUUUUGGCACUGCUAGACUCAUAAAGCAGGAUUCAUCUAACUGGACAGGUCUUGCAGGAACAUAUGGAUACAUUGCACCAGAGCUUGCAUACACAAUGAAGGUUACAGAGAAAUGUGAUGUUUACAGUUUGGGAGUGGUGACACUUGAAAUAAUAAUGGGGCAUUAUCCUGGGGAACUACUCUCUUCCUCAGGAUUGAAUGCUCAUAACAUCCUCUUGAAAGAUAUAUUAGACAGGCGUCUGCCAGCUCCUGCUCUUGAAUUAGCUGAUAAAAUUGUCACAAUCAUCAGGUUAGCAUUUACCUGCAUCAAUGCUAACCCAAGGAAUAGGCCAUCAAUGCAACAAGUUUCUCAAGAGCUGUCCACCAGAAGGCUUCCUCUGUCAGAGUCGAUGCAGACACUUACUUUAGGAAAUGUUUUGCUUGUAGAGUAGCCUGAAUUAUAGUCACAGAAUACCACUCUUUAACAGCUUUUAUGUGUAUCCCAUGUGAAUGGAAGUAAAAUAAGACAAUAUGCUCAAUGAUGAAGCUGAGUAGAAACCACAACAGUUUUUCAUCAUCUUAAAUAGGCUUAAUUGCUAAAUAAAUCCUGUAAUUUGGACUUGUUUUCAAAUUUACUAUUUAAUUUUCAAGUUUUCAA